CUCUUCAAAGUCCAAAAAUAUAUACUUAUCUACUUAUAUAUAUGUCUUCCUCUUCUCCUAUUUCCUCUUGUCUCAACUUAUUGGAAUCUGCUGAUCAUAAAAUUAACUCCAUGGAUCCUUCUGAACAUCUUUGCUAUGUCCGUUGCAGCUUCUGUAACAUUAUUCUCGCGGUGGGAAUUCCAUGCAAGAAGCUGUUGGAUACUGUGACAGUGAAAUGUGGGCAUUGUGGUAAUCUUUCCUUUUUAAGCAGUAGACCUCCACUUCAACCACAAUUUUAUGAUCACCAACCCAUUCAUCAGCAUCAAGAUUUAUUCAACAAUUUCAAGAAGGGACAGUCUUCAUCUUCAAGUGAACCAUCAUCUCCAAAGGCACCUUUUGUUGUAAAACCUCCUGAGAAGAAGCACAGGCUACCAUCUGCCUACAAUCGGUUCAUGAAGGAUGAGAUACAGCGUAUUAAAGCAGCACAUCCAGAGAUUCCACACCGAGAAGCUUUCAGUGCAGCAGCUAAAAAUUGGGCCAGGUACAUUCCAAAUACUACAAAUGGAACCUUGGCUGAGAACAACAACAAUCCUGCUUCAAUGGACCUGUUCCUUCGACAUGUUUCAUCAGUCUUCAAGCUUCAUUCAACACUUCCCCUCAAGCUAUUGAGUGGAGGAACUGUACCUCCUAGCUUGCUGCAAAACCAGAGAAAAUCUGUUUUGUUAAGGCUUUGGUAUGAAUAUCAGCUAGCUGAUCCUUAG